AUGGAAGCCUUUAAAUUUUUGAAAGAUUCAAGAGAUUAUGUGCGUCAGAAAAUUGACUUCUGCUUUUGCGAGCUGGAGUUUAUUGGUGUUCCACUCGAGUCGUUGGCAGCCAAUAAGUACCUACCAGAAAUAUUUAAAAUCAUGUGCGCAUUGUUACUCUACGACGGACGCUUUAAAACUAAAGGAAUAUUUCGCGUAACUGGUUCUUUUCAGAGACUACAAAACUUGGAAGAGGAGUUAUGCAAAUUUCCUAUAAGUGAUGAAGACGAACUGCUGCGGUACACAGUUCACGACGUCAGUAGUGUCAUGAAAAACUUUGUCAGGUCCCUUCCUGGAGGUUUAAUUCCCAGCAACUUAAUCGAUAAAUACAUCGCUGCAUGGGAAAUUAAUGAGACCAAGAACAAUAUUUCUACCAUUUUACAGAACCUCAACAUGCUAUUACCGCCCAGCAAUUUAAACCUGCUGAGGGCCGUUUUAAAUUUAUGCCACUUCGUCGCCCAACAUCAACUCGAGAACCGCAUGUCUACGUUGAAUUUAGCAAAGGUAUGGGCCCCGAACAUUUUCGUAGUGAAAACCACCGAUCCAAAGAAAUUGUUAGCGAGUAACCUGGAAUGCGUGAAAGUUUUGGAAUACAUGAUUGAUAAUUAUGAAGAAGUUUGCAAGCUCAUAGGCCCUUUCGAAAAAUUAAAAUUUCGACGUGUGCGCAGCAACAACGAGAAACUAACAGUUAGUGGUUCCUACCGUCAAGAUAAUAGUAAGAAUAUUACUGAAAACAGUAAUAAUAACGAAGAGGAGUGUAAUAACAUGAACUAUUACCAGCAAAAUAAUAUUUUUCGGAGAAAUGAAGAGUUACGAAACGAUAUAAAUAACGCCAAUACUUGUAAUUCUGACCAAAAUAAUAAAUACACUAUAAAUAUCAAAAAUAAUAGCGAGGACGAGAUUCUUAUUUUUAAUAACCAAUACAAUUAUAUUGAUGGAAAUGAAAAUGAAAGUAAUAAAAGAUAUAUCUCUAUUACUGGCAUUUAUACCAAUGACUCUAAUGUUAGCAACGGUAGUUUUAAAAGUGGAUAUAAUAUUCUUAACGACCCUAGGAAUAGCGAGAAUGGUUUAAGCAUCCCGCCCAUUAACAAUAGUUACGGUAGUUAUGAAUGUGAAUACAAUAUUAUUAACGACACGAAGAAUUAUAAAAAUGAUAAUAUUGGGAUUUUAUUUAUUAACAAUGAGAACAACCGCUGCAUUGUCGAUGACGGUAUUGUAAAGGACACGAAGAAUUUUAAAGAUUACAUUGGUGACUCCUCCAUUAAAAAUAAAAACAACGAUUACAAUACUAAUGACAGUAGUUAUAAAAGUGAAUAUUGUAUUACAAGCAACUUGAAGAAUAGCGAAAAUGAGUUUAAUUUUCUUUAUAAUAAUAAUUUUAAAGAUGGUCAUAUUACUACCCCUUUCAAUAACAAUGAGUACGACGACUGCAUUUUUAGAAACAAUAGUCAAAAAUUUGAACACCGUAUUACAAACAACUUGAAGUUUACUGGGAAUGAUACAAAUGUUAUUCAAACCGAUGAUUAUAGAAAUGAAUAUAUUAGCAUCUCCUCUACUAACAGUGGUGAAAACGAAAAAGACAUUUCUGUCGUAGAGAGUUAUAAUAGUACCCAUGAAGGCGUGGAUAUUGCUAUAAACAGUAAAUGUAGUUAUAAUUAUAUAAAUAACUCCAGUAAUGAAGUUAUUAACAGCCACUACAAUACUGAUAACCGAAGUUAUCCAUCUAUAGAUAACAGCUUAAUGUACACAAGUGGCCCCAAUCACAACUACGAGAACUAUAAUGAUAUUGAUGUACAUAAAACCCAAAGCAAAACUCCAAGGAUAAGUGAGAACUAUAAUAAAGAAUAUAUAAAUAACAAUGAGAAUAAUAACUCAGGCAGUAAAGACAAUAAACACAGUUAUAAAGCCAACUUUGAAAAUGGUAAUCGUAACAGCAGUUGGGAAGAAGAUUUUGGGAAUAUCAAGCUAUUUUAUAUACGAAGCCGCGCUUAUUUUUUAUCGGGGAACGUCAAGUCUAAACGACACUUCUUUGAAAAUUUACUUGAUAAGAAGGACCCCUCCGUGAGACCUUUAAAGAGGUACAAAUGUUGCCCUCUGAUAAAAAUGUUCUCAGCCUAA